AUGACGUCGAUAAACGUGGAAAAGUACAAACUGUCCGACAAAACGGCAAAGCUCACAGCCAAAGACAUCAUCCCGGUCGUACAAUCGGCCGAUUCGGCGGAAACGCGUGAGUUCCUGAACAAAAUCGCCGAGCUGCUGGUCGACUAUGUCAACAUACAGAACGACCGGAAGGAGAAGAUUCUCGACUUCCACCAUCCGGAGGACAUGAAGAAGCUGCUCACGCUGGACAUCCCGGAGGAGGCCGUCACACUGCAGCAGCUGGUGAAGGAUUGUGCCAUGACGCUCAAGUACCAGGUGAAGACAGGCCAUCCCCAUUUCUUCAAUCAGCUGUCGUGCGGUCUGGACGUGGUGUCGAUGGCCGGCGAGUGGCUUACGGCGACCGCCAACACCAACAUGUUCACGUACGAGAUCGCCCCCGUGUUCAUCCUGAUGGAGAACGUGGUGCUGUCGAAGAUGCGCAAGAUUAUCGGUUGGGAUGGGGGCGAUUCGAUUCUCGCACCGGGCGGUUCCAUCUCGAACCUGUACGCCUUCCUGGCCGCCCGGCACAAGAUGUUCCCGAACUACAAGGAGCACGGCGCCCGUGCCUUGCCGGGCGAGCUGGUAAUGUUCACGUCGGACCAGUGCCAUUACUCGGUGAAGUCGUGCGCUGCGGUCUGUGGGCUCGGCACGGACAACUGCGUGAUGGUGCCGUCGGACGAGCACGGUCGGCUGAUUCCGUCCGAGCUGGAACGAUUGAUCCUGGAGCGGAAGGCCCGUGGACAGAUUCCGUUCUUUGUGAAUGCGACCGCCGGCACUACCGUGCUCGGUGCGUUCGAUCCGAUCACUGCGGUGGCCGAUAUUUGUGAGAAGUACAACUGCUGGUUCCACGUGGAUGCCGCAUGGGGUGGUGGUUUGCUGCUGUCGAAAAAAUACCGUCAUCCGCGCUUCACCGGCAUCGAAAGAUGCGACUCGAUCACAUGGAACCCUCACAAGCUGAUGGGUGCACUGCUGCAGUGUUCGACGAUUCACUUCAAGGAGGAUGGUCUGUUGAUUAGCUGCAACCAGAUGUCUGCCGAGUACCUGUUCAUGACGGACAAGCUGUACGACAUCAGCUACGACACCGGCGACAAGGUGAUCCAGUGCGGACGGCACAACGACAUCUUCAAGCUGUGGCUCCAGUGGCGCUCCAAGGGUACGGACGGUUUCGGCAAACACAUGGACCACCUGAUGGAGCUGGCCGAGUACGAGGUGAAGCGCAUCAAGCAGCAGUCGGACAAGUUCCAUCUGAUCAUGGAACCGGAGUGCGUGAACGUAUCGUUCUGGUACAUCCCGAAGCGUUUGCGCGGCGUACCGCACGAUGCCAAGAAGGAGCAGGAGCUCGGCAAGAUCUGUCCAAUCAUCAAGUCGCGCAUGAUGCAGUCCGGUACGCUGAUGGUCGGCUACCAACCGGACGAUCGCCGUCCGAACUUUUUCCGCUCGAUCAUCUCCUCGGUUGCGGUGGCGGAGGCGGACGUCGAUUUCAUGCUGAACGAGAUCGACCGCCUGGGGCAGGAUCUGUAA